AUGUUACGGCGAACAGAGCGAAAAAGUCGAAAAAAAGAUGCUAAGCGAAACGUGCCCAUUCUCAUUCAGACCGGGAAAUUUGAAUUUGAAAAUGGGGAUUGGUAUGAAGGUGAAUAUGCGAUGGACUCAAAAUCAAACACGAUAUUUCGUCAAGGUGCAGGCACAUAUACGACAGCUGAAGGACACGUAUAUGAAGGAAAAUGGCUCAAUGACAAGCUUGUAAUUAAGGCAAAAGUAAAAUUCCCGACAAAUGCGUAUUUUGAGGGUGCUAUGGACGAGACGCCGACUUACACGAUAGGAACUUAUACGUUUUGUGACCGUUGCGAAAUAACCGGUGAUUUCAAGAAACUUUUUAAUGAAGGUAAAAAUGCUGCGACCUUUACGGAUCCAGGAGGUAAUGCUUGGGAUAUUAAACUUCGGGAUGGCCACUUGGAGUUGAUGUACCCGUGGGACUGGAAGCAAUCAAUACUGAAAUCGGGUGAGGAUAGUUGCGUUGAGGACUGA